AUGUCUUCCAAGAGCGACAAUGAUUCGCUCUUCGGAUCGCCACCAUCCUCGCCGCGAUCGCCUUCGCCCGGCCUCGCCCUCCCCAGUGCGCACAACAUCGUGAGGAUACCCGGCGCGCCAGAGGACGCCAAUGAUGAAAAUGUGGGGACCAUUGCACUUCCCGGUUCCCAUAACUUUUCUGAACUUCCCGCUGCCCCAUUAGCCUUGUCGUUGAGCCACGCUCCUCGGCCUCCGGCGCAAGAUCAUGGGCGGGACACCGCGGCGACGUCUGCCAAACCGACUGCGCAGCAAGAACGAGCGCGGCGGCCUGAGGCCCCUGCGCCUCCCGCACGCGGUGGCGCGAAACGCGCGCGCCGUGCCGCGUCACCAGGACCUAGCCGUCCAAAGACGACGACCACGACUACGACGAGAAAGCGCAAGAGGCCGCAAAGCCCCGGCUCUUCAGUACCCGCCAUAGCCCUCGGCGACGCUCCCUCCCGCCCUAUCGUCGUCGAAGACCAUCACCAUCUCGAUCCCCGAUUACCCGUACCCACUACCGCAGAGAUCGUCCAGACGCUCAUGAACACGAAGGAGGUCCUUCCGCUUCUCCUCCGAACCCUUCUCCUCGUCGCCCGAUCGCCACACCUCCCCACAGCCACCACUUCCCCCUCUGGCUCCGGGACCCCUUCCGAUCGUCCCCGCCGUCGCCGCAUCGGCCCAUCCCUGAAGGACGCACCCCCGCCCCCUCCCCCCAAAGACCCGUCGAACAAAGGGAAACGCAAGCUUACCAAGGUCCCCGCCGGCGCGCAGGACUGGGACGUUCCCUUUCCCUUCCAAGAAGGCGAGGGCCCGGAAGACUAUCAGCAGAAGUGGGAGAAGCAGCGCACGCGCAGGCUCAUCGGACAGCUCAUCAACCUCAUCAAGGCGGCGGCCAAAAAGACCGCGGUGCGCAAGUACAAGCAGAUGAAGCUGGACGGGACGCUGCCUCCCGAGAACGAGGAGCCUCCACGCCCGCCAAAACGUCCGCGGAAAACGCGGAAGACAGCACGUGACCCCACUUCAGAGCCUUCAGCGACUCCCUUGUCUGAAGCUCAUACGCCGCUGCCCGCCGUCGCCGCCACUCUCAACGCCAACAGCUCUGCCCUCGACACAAGUGGCCCCCUUGACCAGCUCCUGACCUCACUGCUCUCACAUGGUGGCUCCGGCGUGAACGCGGGCGUGUUCGGUGCGGACGGGCUCUUCGAGACGCCCUCUGGUACACCCGCGCCCACCGAGUGCGACGACUUCACGUCGCUGAUCCAGUCGACGUUCCCCUCCGACGGCUUCGACUACAACGCGCUAUGGUUGAACGCGGGCAUGUCAGUCGAUGCGAACGGCAUACCCCUCGAUUCGAAUGGGAUGCCGAUGAAUAUGAACGGGGAUGUGGGCUUGAACUUGGGCUCGGGCGUGGACACGUCCGCAGGUAUAGAUGCGGGUGCGCCCAUGCCGGAGAUGAGCUUUGAGGAGCUGACCGCGCUCUUCGCGUCGGAUGAGAGCUGCGGGCUGGGAUUGGAUGGGCUCGGAAUGGAUCCCGUCAGCGUGAACCACGUCGGCAUGGAUGGGAUGGGCAUGAACGGGGUGGGCAUGGUGGGCGGGGUCGGACUAGGGCAGAGCGUGCCUGCGCAGGACUUUACCUUCCCUCUCGAUCCGGCGCUGAUGGACAUGGGGCAGGCGCAGGCGGCGGGAAUCGGAGACACCGCGAAGAGCUUCGGAGACGGCGUCGCGGGUGUGGGCUUCGGCGACGGUGCUGCGGGUGCGGGCUCGUCCUUCCUGAUGACGCCCUCGCCCACCGACUUGCCCUCUAUGUCGAUGUCUGCGAGCGCGAGCUCGGCGGGCGAUGGGCCAUAUACGCCGCUCCUGGAUCAGGAGCAGCUGAGUCGGCGUCCAUCAGACGCGUUCUCUGUUGCAUCACGCGGGCUCGGCGGCACCUUCUCGGACACCUUGCAUUCGGCGGCGCAUACUCCGACACCAGGGCUUGCAUCAGUACCGGGCAUUGAGCCGGACGCUGGCGCGGCUACAGGCAAUCCCUCUCAAGUGGGCACAGGCCUACCGUCUUACGUGGGCUCGGAGCCAUCUGGUGAUGGCAACGCGGCGAACGUGGCAUCCCCUAGGAAUACGGAGACGGUCGACCCAGCGCGUCAGAAUGUGUUUCCGGCGGCGGGGAAGGCGCUGUCGGGCGAUGGAAUGCAUACGACUUUGGUGGGACUGGACACGAAUAUGGACGUCGAUUGGGUCGCAGCAGGGCAAGGCACAUCCCUUUCGACGUUGCAGUCAUCGCAGCCGUGGCAAGACUCGUCGACGCAUCCCGUCCCAUUUGAUCAAGCUGCUCACCCGCCACAAACUUUACCCUCGUCAGUGAUCAAUGUACCUACGUCUGCGACACCUGCACCCCCACCUCCAACGGGAAUACGGCACACUGUCAACACCACAUCCUCCCAGCCGAGUGCAGCGACGGCGCGCGCUCAAGAUGCAUCGUCAUCUCAAGCAGCCUCAUCAUCAUCCUCGACCGCCGAGCCCGCCAAUAGACUUCCUUCAUCCUCCUCACCCGCCAGUACACUUCUCGCACCACCCACACCUUGGACUCCUGCUCCGCCCACCCCGUGGACGUUCGCCGUCGACAAGUGGGUACCGCCGCCGAUGUCGCCGCGUCCGCCGUCGCAGCGGGCGAAGGGCAAGCAGAGGGCGCUCGCUCCGGUGGGGAGUAGUGUCGCGCCUACGCGGAACGACAUCGAGCCUGCAGGCUCGAAUGCGUCGGAUGCUGGUUCGACCGCGACCGCGGCCGCGGUGCCGAAUGCUGCGACUGCGAGGGCCAAGGGUCCCGCGCCAGCGGGUACCAACACCUCAUCCACAGGCCCGCUCCGCAUGCCCGCCACCGCGGCGGAGAAAGCGCGCGUCCUGCAGCAGGCGCGCGAGCGCAAGGCGGAGCUCGAGGGCGCGAUCGAGCGGGCGAAAGUCGAGCUGUGGGAGCUGUCGAUCGAGGGGGACGUGCUGCAUAGAGUGCGCAAGAAGAUGAUGAGGGCGGGGACCGAGGAGGCGGAGGCGGAAUGAGAAUACGGAAGGUGAGGGAUCAUCGAGGGAGUGGGGCUCGCGUGUUGUUGUCGGUGCUUCGCUGUAAUGCGGGGAGUACGACAUGUUGCGCAGGGUGCAUUGCAAGGACCGAAUACCCAUGCUAUGAUUUGGUUCAAUAAGUGCGUUUUGCUAUAGUACAUGCACGUCGAUAUUCGAUGUGCAGCUGAAUGAGUUCAAGGCUAUAUACACCGACACCUUCGGCUGCAUCGGGAGAAGAGUCAGAGGGACAUUGCGCGUCUCAGGCGCAUGUUGUGCGCCUUUCCCGUGCCCGUGCGAUGAGCUUUCCGGAAGGCUGAGGCGAGUUGCGACGCCACGUGGCUCAACCCUCCCUCCAGCGAUUGCCACACGAUGCACAUCUGAAGA